AUGUAUUUCUCCAACGUUGUCGUCACUGUCCUCGCCGCUCAGGCCUUCUCUCAAGACAGCCGAGUAUCUCGCUCUAGCUUCGGACAAGUUGCUGCUUUGAUGGCUGCUGCUGCUCUCCCAGCAGACGCUCUCGCCCUCCCCAUCUUCAGCGCUGAGAAACGAGAGCCUCAUCACCAAGGCGGUCAGAACAACAACAACAACCAGGCCCAGGGCCAGAACAACAAUCAGGCUCAGGGUCAGAACAGCCAGGCUCAGGGUCAAAACGCCAACAACAAUGCUAACGCUGGCGCCAAUGCCAACGCCAAUGGAUGCAACGCCAACAACAAGCGAGAUGAGGAGCUUGUAGCUCGUCACCACCAGGGCAACCAGGGAGGGAACGCCCAGGGUAAUGCCAACAACAACGCCAAUGGCAAUGCCAAUGGUAACGGAGCUGCUGCCGCUGCCAACGGCUGCAACAACAACAACGCCGCUGCUAACAACAACAAUGCUGCCGCUAACAACGGUAACGCUAAUGGAAACAACAACAAGCGUGAUGAGGAACUCGUAGCCCGUCACCACCAGGGAGCAAAGGCCAAAGGCAGGAACGGCAAGAACAACAAGCGUGAGGAGCUCGUCGCUCGCCACCAUCAGGGAGCUCAAGGUGGCAACAAGGCCAACGCCGCCGGUGCCAACCGCAAUGGAGCCAACCGCAACCAGGCCGCCGCCGCAGCAACUGGCAACAACGCCAACUGCAAACGAGACCUCGAGGCCCGUCACCACCAAGGCGGCCAGAACAAGCAAAACGCUCAGGCUGCUGGUUGCAACUAA